AUGGAUUGUGAAGAUAUUUAUUACCGUAAUUAUUUUUUGAAAUUACCGUUAUCAGAGGCUGAACUUCAAUUUCCUAUUGCUUAUGCUAAAGUUGUUUAUAAAGAUUAUCGGUUUUUGGAGGCAGAAUUAGCUACUAAUUAUCAUCCCCAAAAUUGGUACUGUUUUGCUAUUGAUUCGAAGGCAGAUGAUAUUUUUUAUAAAAGUAUUCUGUCACUAUCUAGAUGCUUCCCAAAUGUUAUUGUUCCACAGGAAAGGUUUUCUGUGGAUAGUGCUGGACACGGUAUGGGAAAGGCUCAUCUAUCCUGUUUCAAAGAAUUAAUCAAAAAGGAAAGAAAAUGGGAAUAUUUAGUAACAUUACAGAAUCACGACAUUCAAAUAAAAACUAACGAGGAGAUGGUUCAAAUAUUUAAAUGGCUAGAUGGGGCUUGUGAUGCCGGAUAUGAUUUUCAGAGUGAAGCAAAAAGAGAUAGAUUAGACGGUCUCAAUAAAAAUUUUAAUUGGACGUUUGAAUCCCUAAAAAUUUUCAAGGAUGGUAAUAAAAAAGAUUAA